UAAUUCACAUCACCACGCCCUUCCUUCCUUCUCCACUUGAUCUCAACUGCAAUGCUUUCAUCCCUCCUCCUCGCCCUUCUACUACUCGCCGCCGCUGCCGCCGCUGACGCCGACUCCAUAAACGGGGAAUCAUCAUGUAGCAACCGCACUUGCGGUUUCACCACCGUUUCCUACCCCUUCGGCUUCUCCGCCGGCUGCCCUGUUCCGCUCGAUUGCUCCCACUCCGGCGUGGUUCUCCUCGGCACGUACCCUGUCCGGAACUUCACCGCCAACUCUUUGAUCCUCGAUGUGUCGGCCUCCUGCAACCGCUCCAUCGCCGACGCGGGCGUGCUCUUCAGGGACAACUUAGCCAUGACGGCGAGCAACGCGCUGUUCCUCCGCGAAUGCCCGGAGAACGCGGUCCCCGAGUGCAGGAUCAACACCGACAUCAUCUCGCAGCGGCUCAACCUGUCGAGCUGCGGCCCCUCCGGCGACGACAUCCGGUGCUACUCCACCGGCCGGACGGAGGGGUUCUACUCCGAGGAGAAUUUCACAGCGACAGCAGGGCGGUGCAGGUUGCUGUUCACGUCGGUGAGGUACGGCGAGUCCGCUUUCAACCAGUCGAUGCUGGUGUUCGGGGCGGCCGAGGUGGGGUGGUGGCUCCGAGGAGAGUGCCGGUGCGCGGUCGACGCGUCCUGCAUCCCCGUGGAGUUGCCGGCUGGGAACGGCAGUACGGGGUUCCGGUGCAGCUGCAAUGAAGGGUUCGCCGGCGACGGCUUCGCCGACGGCGGCGGUUGCGUGAGAGUCCCCAAGUGCAGUUCAUCGGAUCAAUCGUGCAAGAAGGAUGAUAUCAAAGUUUGGGUUAUAAUUGGAGGCAUCGGAGCUGGAUCCUCUUUGGCACUCGCCGCAACGCUGCUCUGUUACUGCAUCUUCUGCCGGACCAAUGGCGGCGCCGAAACAGAGGAAGCAGCUACCCGCCGUCUCCUGCUCUCCGGCACCUCCUGCAAUAAUACCGUCGCAGUUUACUCCCACAAGGACAUUGAGCGCGCCACCGCCAACUUCUCCGACGCUUACAAGCUUGGCUCCGGCGCCUACGCCAUCGUUUAUAUGGGCCGCUUCUCCGCCGCCGGUGGCCUCGUCGCCAUCAAACGCCUCAAGCACCCCGACACCGACAACGUCGUGCACGUCAUCAACGAGAUCAAGCUUGUGUCCUCCGUCAGCCACCCCAAUCUCGUCCACCUCCUCGGCUGCUGCAUCGGCCGAGGCCACCACAUCCUCGUCUAUGAGUUCGUCCCCAACGGCACACUGUCGCAGCACCUCCACCGCCAGCUCGGCGACGGCCUGCCGUGGCCGGCGCGCCUGGUGAUCGCCGCCGAGACCGCGAGCGCCAUCGCGUACCUCCACACCGCCGUGCACCCGCCCAUCUACCACCGCGACAUCAAGUCCAGCAACAUCCUGCUGGGCUACGACCUGCGGCCGAAGCUGGCGGAUUUCGGGUUGUCGCGCGCGGUGGCGCCGGAGUCGUCGCACAUCUCGACGGCGCCGCAGGGGACGCCGGGAUACGUGGACCCGCAGUACCACCAGAACUUCCACCUGUCCGACAAGAGCGACGUGUACAGCUUCGGGGUGGUGCUGGUGGAGAUGAUCACGGCGAUGAAGGUGGUGGACUUUCGGCGGGAUCCGAGCGAGGUGAACCUGGCGGCGUUAGCGGGAGACAGGAUCGCCAAGGGGAAGGUGGAGGAGAUCUUAGACCCUGUGCUUAGGGAAAAAAGCGAUGGCGGGCAGAGCAUGGAGUCAGUGAAGAAGGUGGCGGAGCUGGCGUUCCGGUGCCUGGCGUUCCACAAAGAGGCACGGCCGUCGAUGGCAGAAGUGGCAGAGGAGCUGGAGAGGAUCAGGGUGGAGGAAGAAGGAGGUCAUGAUCACGGGAAAGAUGAGGAGGUGGCCAAAGAGAUGGUGUCGCCGCCAUUCUCAUGCGUUAAGGAGCAAUGGGGGAGUGAGCCAAGCUGCUCUUCCUCCUCUUUGUCUGCUGCCUCCUCCUCCAGCAUUCAUAAUCGCUAGCUGAAUUUAAUUUUGAUGAACAGAGAUCCUCGUCAUGAAUUUCAGACAUGACAAUCACAGCAUUCAAACAAGUUCUACACGGAUCCCUUUCAUCUUUCUCAACUUCCUCUUGGCGAGUCUCUAAAUACUAGUAUACAAAACUUGAAGUAUACAAAAAUAGAUGAAAAUUUAACUCUAAUAUUGAAUCAAUAGGAUUUACUUUCACAGUAGAAAGUUUUAGGAUAAUAUGAUUGAUUGUUUAUAUUAAAUUACAAUUGUAAGUAUUAUAUAGAUCAGAUACUUUCUCCCGCUUGAUCAGUGCUAAUUUAAAGCCCAAAUCAGGUUAAAUCCA